AUGUGCUCCGCAGACAUCUUCCUCGGCCUCCUGGCCCUUCUCUUCCCACCCCUCCCCGUCUGGGUGAAGCGCGGCCUCUGCUCCGCAGACUCCUUCAUCAACAUCCUCCUCUGCCUCCUAGGCUACAUCCCCGGCCUCAUCCACGCAUGGUACAUCAUCGCCAAGUUCCCCGACCCUGACUACGAGUACGAAUCCAUCCCCCAGGACCGCGAGGGCGGCCGCGUCACCUACGUCUUCGUCCACGGCAACGGCAACGGCCACGGUCCCCACACCCAGCAGCCCCGCCAGCAGCCCCGUCCCUCGCAGCACAACGCCACGGCCAACGUCAGCUACGGUACUACGAACAACAACGGCGCUGCCGCCGGUGGCUCGAGCAGGCCCCAGCCCCAGCAGCACCAGAACCAGGGCGCUGGCGAGGGCAGCAGCGAUGGCGCCGUGCCGCCCAGCUACGCCGAGGUCGUGGCCGGCGACAACAAGAUCCAGACUCGGGACUAG